GAAGAGUUUCGUGAAUGCUCUGAACUCAGAAAAAUAAUGCAAUCUCUCACUCUAACUCUGUACCCAACUUCAGUUUCCCCGUCAAGACUCAAACUUUACCCGUUAAGACAAACUCUACCUUCUGUUCUCUCUCCUCCAACCGUCGGAAACAACCGUCGCGGUAUGGCGUCACGCGGUGAUUCUGCUUCGUUUAAGUCCCUAGCCACUCAUCAGACUUCGACCAGUGGUGAUGAUGGUGAUGGAUACUGUACUCUCGUAGACUUUGCAGGGAGAGAAGGUGCAAAUGUAGGAGAUGAUCUUGUGGUGUUACUUUACCACUUACAACACGCUUGCAAAAGAAUAGCUUCUCUUGUCUCUUCUCCUUACAACUCUUCACUUGGAAAGCUCUCUGUUAACUCCUCCUCUACUGGCUCAGACCGUGACGCACCCAAACCGCUCGAUAUUGUCUCUAACGGUAUCAUCUUGUCAUCUCUCAGAAACUCAGGGAAAGUGGCAGUAAUGGCAUCAGAAGAAGACGAUACUCCCACUUGGAUCAAAGAUGAUGGUCCUUACGUUGUGGUUGUAGAUCCUUUAGAUGGUUCACGUAACAUCGAUGCUUCGAUACCUACUGGGACUAUAUUUGGGGUUUAUAAUCGACUAGUUGAGCUUGAUCAUUUACCUGUUGCAGAGAAAGCUGAGCUCAAUUCUCUGCAGAGAGGUAACAGGCUUGUAGCUUCAGGUUACGUUCUGUACUCUUCAGCUACGAUACUUUGUGUUACUCUUGGCUCUGGUGCACAUGCCUUCACGCUUGAUCAUUCUACUGGCGAGUUCGUUCUUACGCAUCAGAAUAUUAAGAUCCCUACUCGAGGACAAAUCUACUCAGUGAACGAUGCGAGGUACUUCGACUGGCCAGAAGGUCUGAGGAAAUACAUUGAUACAGUACGCCAAGGGAAAGGCCAAAACCCAAAGAAAUACUCAGCACGUUACAUUUGUUCUCUAGUGGCUGAUCUUCACAGGACUUUGUUAUACGGAGGAGUGGCUAUGAAUCCAAGAGACCAUCUCCGUUUAGUCUAUGAAGGAAACCCUUUGGCUUAUCUAGUGGAACAAGCUGGUGGCAAAGCCUCUGAUGGGAAAAGAGAGAUACUUUCUAUACAGCCAGUGAAGCUUCACCAGAGAUUGCCUCUGUUUCUUGGAAGCGUAGAGGAUGUUACUGAGCUUGAGAGCUAUGGAGAUGUGCAACAGACUGUGAAUCCUGGCUAUGAAGUUUGAAAAGAUGCGUCUGCUUCGUUUCAUGUGGAGGAAAAACGCAAAUCCAUGAGAUGCUUGUGAAGAUAUAGCGAGGGAUAUAUCCUUUACAUGUGUUUAAAACAUACAUCAGUCUCGAAUCUUGUUCAUUGUAACAUAACACUGUUGAAGCAUAGAUCUUGUUCAUUGUAGCAUAACACUGUUGAAGCAUAGAUCUUGUUCAUUGUAACAUAACACUGUUGAAGCAUAGAUCUUGUUCAUUGUAGCAUAA